AUGAGUUGUAAAAGUUGUUCUGGUACAAUAGAAAGUACUCUACAAAAUCUUUCAGGAAUCAUAAAACCUAGUAUUCGUGUAAAUUUUUUAACUGGUAAUGCUUCAUUAGAAUUUGAUAAUGAUAGCUUAACGAUUGAUCAAAUCAAAGAUUCUAUAACUUCAAUUGGCUUCGGUAUUGAGGUUGAUGAGAAAUCUAAAAACGCUACUAAUACUACUAAUUCUAUUAAUAAUGAUCAUGCAACAGAAGAUUCUACUAAUAUUACAACAAAAUUUUUAAUUAGUGGUAUGAGCUGUGCUUCAUGUAUAGGCACCAUCGAGGCAACUCUUUUACAAUUACCUGGUGUAGCACAAGUAAAUAUUAACCUAUUAACAACCGAGGCUUCCAUAAAACAUGAUCAAUCAAAAAUUGGUGUACGUGAUCUAAUGAGAAAUAUUAGUGAUAUUGGAUUUGAACCGCAAUUGCUAAAAGCCAAUAGUAGUGAUUUGCAAUUUGGAAAUCGAAUUCGCCAAAAAACAGAGAAAGAACAAAAACUUUUAAGAAAUCGAUUUUUGAUAUCAUUAUUAUUUGCAAUACCAACUUUUUUGAUAGUAAUGGUUUUCGAGAUGAUCAAACCAAAUCCCAUUAAUGACCUGUUAACCUAUCAAAUUGUCACUGGCCUGGAUGUUGAGACAUUAAUUCUUUUCUUGUUGGCAACUCCCGUUCAGUUCAUACUUGGUUAUCCAUUUUAUUUAAAGGGUUUCAAAUCAUUAUAUUAUACACGACAAGCAAACAUGGAUACUUUGGUGGCGUUGGGUACGACUGUUUCAUAUUUAGGAUCAAUGAUCAAUGUGUUGAUUCCAAUUUUUAGACAUAGUUCUGAGGCAGGCUACCAAUUUUUUGAGACUAGUAUUUUUUUGAUUACGUUCAUUUGGUUGGGAAGGUGGAUGGAGUUGAAAGCAAAAGGUAAAACUUUUGAAACGAUCACAAAGUUAAUGGAGUUGCAACCAGAAAAGGCCAUACUAGUUGAAAUCACCUACGAUAAAGAAAAUAACAUGGUUACUGAUGAGAAAGAAAUUGAUUUGGAAUUAGUUCAAGUUGGUGAUAUUCUCAAAGUAAAUCCUGGCGCAAGAAUUCCGUGUGAUGGAAAAAUAUAUAAUGGCAUAACAACGUUGGAUGAAUCAAUGAUAACAGGUGAAUCAAUUCCAAUUACAAGAACAAUAGAUGAACCAGUAAUAACCGCAACAGUAAAUCUGACAUCAAUGAUUUGGAUGAAGGCAGAACGUGUUGGUAGUGAUACAACUUUAUCACGCAUAAUAAAACUGGUUCAAGAAGCUCAAUCAUCAAAAAAAGCUCCAAUUGAAGAAUUGGCCGAUAAGAUUGCUCAGGUUUUCGUUCCAACAGUAAUAUCAAUUGCCAUUUUGGACUUUUUGAUCUGGGUCGCACUAACCAAUUCUGGGAUAGUGCCUAGUGACUGGAUCACGGAUAAUCUCAAUAAUGCAGUGUUUUCUCUAUUUUUUGCAAUUUCCGUCUUAGUGAUCGCAUGUCCUUGUGCAAUGGGACUGGCAUCACCUACUGCGAUCAUGGUUGGAACAGGUGUGGCGGCAAAACAUGGUAUUUUGAUCAAGGGUGGUGGCGAGGCGAUCGAGACAGCUUAUCGUCUUAAUACUAUAGCAUUUGAUAAGACUGGCACGUUAACGUAUGGCAAACCGAAGGUUGUGGCCAUCAAAUUUUCGUAUAGAAAUUCCAAUAAGGAAAAAAAAUAUAAAUCAUCGGCAUUGAUGGAAAUCAUUAGAUUGAUUGAGUCAGCUAGUGAUCAUCCGUUGGCUCGUGCUGCUGUACAACACAUCGAUAAAUCAUUUAUUAAACGACGUAAAAAAACAAAUAAUUUCGUAGAGUUGGAUUCUAUCAUUGAAGUUCCUGGUAGAGGCCUUGAGGCUAUUGUUAGCAUUCGAAGUAAUAACCCUCUAAUAAACGAACUGUUAUUAUUAGAAUCAACCAAUGACGCUAAAUAUAAUAAUAACAAUAAGAAUGGCAAAAAGACCAUGAAAUACUCGGCAAAAUAUAAAGUUUUUAUUGGUAAUGAAAAAUGGAUGCAUGAAAACAAUUGUAUUUAUCCAGCUGCUUCAAUGUCAUUCAUUUUGAAUAAAUGGAAAAAAUCAGGUUAUUCCGUGGUUUUAACAGGACUAUCACGAAUCGGUUCAUCUAAAACAACAACUUAUAAUGGUUAUAUUAUGGCAAAUAUUGGUAUUGCAGAUACACCAAGACCCGAUUCAAAGAAAACAAUUGAAAAAUUAAAAUCGCUUGGUAUUGAGGUUUGGAUGAUAACUGGUGAUAAUCCCAUUACCGCUAAAGCUAUUGGUAAACAAUUGGGUAUUGAUAAUAUUUUUUCAGAGGUGACUCCUGAAAUGAAAGCUGAUAAAAUCAAAUGGUUACAACGUAAAGGUACAACUAUAUUAACAGCAACCCAAGCUAAUCAUAAUUCAUCGGCAUUCUUUUAUUUUAAUAAAUUUUUAAGUUGUUUCAACUUUAAACACCAUGUUAAUAAUAGUACCACCGUUAAAAGUACUACCAUUAUUAAACAAGCAAUAGUAGCAAUGAUCGGGGAUGGUAUUAACGAUUCACCAGCCUUGGCUCAAUCAAAUCUACCAAUCACAAUUGCAAGUGCAACGGAUGUAGCAAUUGAAUCAUCUUCAGUAAUAUUGACACGAUCAACCCUUUCCUCAUUGAUAACCUUGUUAUCAUUAUCAAAAACUAUUAUUUGGCGAAUCAGGUUGAAUUUUCUCUGGGCUUACAUUUAUAACUCAUUGGCUAUACCUAUUGCUGCUGGUGCAUUCUUCCCAUUGAUCAAACAUGGUUUAAGACCUGAAUAUGCUAGUUUGGCUAUGGUUGCUAGUUCUACUACUGUAGUUGUUAGUAGUUUAAUGUUAAAGAAUUAUAAAGAACCAAAUUAUUAUUAA